AGCCACGCCCCCCUUAACGCUCCGGCGUUUUGCGACACUGCUCUUUGCUUUACGGCAGCGUGAAAAGUAACACUGAACAUGUGAAGAAAAGGAGCGAGAAGAAGGAAAAUCAAAUUAAGAUUCCAAAUGGAGAACUACAGUAAGGUUCACAGUACGGAGCAGCCGUCCGUGUGUCCGUUCAGCCUUGUCGCCGAUACGCCGGAGGUGCGCGUCAAAGAAGGCAGCAAGAUCCGCAACCUGCUCCGCUACGCCCUGAGCCGCGUAGAGAGCAAACCCCAGGCCGAAAAAGACGGUGAAGGCGAGGUCGAUGAGGCUCCGCCUGGCCGCCCCCUCUGCCGCCAGCUGGUAUUCACGGCGAGCGGCAAGGGCGUGUCAAAAGCGAUCACGUGCGCCGAGGUGGUGAAGCGACGUGUCCGGGGCCUGCAUCAGUUGACCUCGCUGGCCAGCACCACGCUGACCGAUGUGUGGGAGCCCCUGGAGGCGGCCGUCGGGCUGGACAGCAUCACCGUCAGCAGGAAGCUGCCCGUCAUCUGGAUUCUCCUCUCUAAGGACCCACUGGACCACAACCUGCCUGGGUACCAGGCGCCUGGACGCUGCGACAACCUUUGGACUCGUGAUGAGAAGGAGGAGGCGGGAGCAUACAAGAGGAAGCGGGGCGGAGGCCGAAGCGGGGACGGCAGAGGAAGAGGCGGAGGACGCUACGCAGGAAGUCCUCGAGACUUGAAAGGACCCAGAUGAUAAAAAGCAGCGAGGGUUGUUUGGGAUAAGAUUGCAAAGGGGUGGAAAAUUUUCAUAGGAAGUUAAGUCGAAGCAUUUUGGAGCUGCGCCGGUGUUUUGAUUUACAACUAUUUCGCUUAGUUUUAUAAAUGAUGAACUGCGGCUUGUUAUUGUUUUUUUUUUUUGGUUUGUGUAUGAAGCCAAACAUCUGAUUCUGGUGAGCAUUGGACACUCCAGCGCCCCCCAAAUUAAAGAUGCUAAAAUAG